AUGAUCAUUAACCUUCCCACGAACCUUGAAAAAGAAGUCACUCAUCGAUAUUCAGCAAAUUCUUUUAAACUUCACCGUUUGCCAGUUCCUAGACCAGGUCAAGUUCUUGGUUUGGUUGGUACUAACGGUAUUGGUAAAAGUUCUGCACUAAAAAUUCUAGCUGGAAAGCUAAAACCGAAUUUAGGAAGAUUUGAAGAUCCUCCAGAUUGGCAAGACAUUUUGAAAUAUUUUCGUGGCUCAGAGUUGCAAAAUUAUUUUACUAAAAUUUUAGAAGACAAUUUAAAGGCCAUUAUCAAACCACAAUACGUCGAUCAUAUUCCGAAAGCUGUCAAGGGAACGGUUACAGCUUUAAUUGAUGCCAAAUUAGAACGAAAUAACAAGGAAAAAAUGAUUAAUGAUUUAGAUCUACGUGAUGUUUUGGAUCGUCAAGUGAAUGAUUUAUCUGGUGGAGAACUUCAACGAUUUGCUAUUGCAGUGCACGACUUAUCAGUUCUAGAUUAUCUAUCUGAUUUCAUUUGUGUACUUUAUGGAAUGCCAUCAGUGUAUGGUGUUGUGACGAUGCCUUUCUCUGUUCGUGAAGGUAUUAAUAUUUUCCUGGACGGAAAAGUUCCAACAGAAAAUUUGAGAUUUCGUGAAGAAUCUCUUACAUUCAGACUAGCUGAAACUGCCGAAGAUGAAAAGGAAGUGGAAAAACACAGGAGGUAUAAAUAUCCAGAUAUGAUCAAAACCCUAGCUGGAGAAUUUACGGAUUCUGAAAUUAUUGUGAUGCUUGGAGAAAAUGGAACUGGAAAAACCACAUUCAUUAAAUUGCUAGCCGGUGGUAUGAAAGCUGAUGGUGAAGAACAAGUGCCGGAAUUAAAUGUUAGUUAUAAGCCACAAAAGAUAUCACCGAAAUUUCCAGGCACAGUUCGCAUGCUCUUUUUGAAGAAAAUUAAAUCAAUGUUCAUGCAUCCACAAUUUCAAACGGAUGUUGUAAAACCCAUGCAAAUUGAUAAUAUCAUUGAUCAAGAAGUUGCAAAUUUGUCUGGGGGAGAACUUCAACGAGUAGCUAUUGUGCUGGCAUUAGGUCAUCCCGCAGAUAUUUACUUGAUCGAUGAGCCAUCCGCUUAUUUGGAUUCUGAACAACGUAUUGUCGCUGCAAAAGUUAUUAAAAGACCUAGAAUAAACAAAGCUGAUUCUCUUAAAGAUAAAGAGCAAAAAUCAA